UGAGGUCUCUGGCUGGCUGAGGGUUUUCUUCUCUGAUCGAGAAAACGCCGAAUUUCUCGAACUUCGAUCGAUAAUUGCCUCAUGAUUAAUAACCACCGAAGAAUUGAGGAAUGAUGAGAUUCAAUUGGAGCUUCAUCUUGUUGUUAGCAACAUUCUCCAUCCUUUUGUUCGUGCGCGCCUGUGGUAUACAAUAUACUAAACAAAUGCAUAUAAAAUGCUGAAUUUAAUCACCAAGUUACCGAGAACCAUCCCCAAUGGAAAGACUGUCUUACGUUUUGCUGUUUAGUUUCAUUUUGGAAAGAAUCGAUAGUGGUGUGGGCAGUUGUGAAUUGUUGGCUAUUCAAUUUAUGCAAAGUAAAAGAAGUGACAUUUGUGUUUCUCAAGGUGGUCGAUUUCCCCCCUUUAGGAAUGAAGGGAAGCCACCCAAAAAGGCAGGAAAAGGCCUUAGAGAUCUUACACUUUGCAGGGUUUUUCGCAAAAGGACUUGCUGUGAUGUAACUCAGACACAUCCUGCUUUAUUAUCGAUCAGGAGACUUGCUUCAUCUGGGGAGGGAAGCCAAGAGUGCUUGCAACUCUGGGAGCUCUUGGAAUGUGCUAUUUGUGAUCCACGGGUAGGCGUACAGCGUGGUCCUCCUCGUGUAUGUGCCUCCUUUUGUGAGAGAGUGUAUGACGCAUGCUCCAGCGCUUACCUAGCUAUGGAUGCAAGGACACAGGUUCUAGGGCCAUGUGGUGUUGGCGACUUUGUUUGUGGUAGGGCAUCUGAGUGGGUCUCUAAUGGAACUGAGCUCUGCCAUGCUGCAGGUUUCUCCGUCACACAAUUUGGCGACCCUGAAGAAGCAUGCUAUGGCGGGAGGGGUAGUCUAGACUAUAUUGCCAAUUCGUGGAAAUCUUCAAAUUCUGAGAUUUCACCCGGAGAAAAAACAAAUGAAGUGCUUGAAGAUUUCACACAAUGGAUUGCUGAUAUGACCUUUAAUGAUAGGAUCUCUUGGGCAGUUGGAGGCAUGGUUCUUACAGCCGGGCUUCUCUUAUUCAGCAAGCGGAAAACCCAAAAUCAGCGUCAAAAGCAGGCAGCUAUUCAGCGCACGGUGAGGAAACUAGGGACGAAGAUGAAUUCUACUUCUUCUCAUUACAGUCAAGGAAACAGAAUGGGAUACGAAAGAUGAGCAGUAGGCUAUAUGUAAAUACCUUUCCUUGUUUAUCUAAAGCUUUCGGUUGUUCUUCCGGUUUUGCAGGUUUAUUUGGGUCGAUGUUCUUCAUUUACACUCGUCCCUCUUAAAACUUUCUGGCAGAGGAAGAGCAGAUGUAUCCAACAGGCCAUAUUUGUUUUGGAAACACUAUUUGAUUGAUGGCUUAGAAGAAAGUAGAUUUGGUUUUAUAUUCUGGAGCAGUUCGUUCUUUGGCACUUCUGAGAUCAAUUUUGUGCCAACACUUUUGAAUAUGUUGAGGGGUGUAUAAUAUGAUUAGCUCUGCUGCUAUCCGGUGUAUUUUUAUUUUUUAUUUUCUAUUUUAUUUUUAUAUACAAUGUAUACAUCCUACUUGAUAGAAAGUCUCACCAGAAGCAGUAGUGUAGUCGAAGAAAGGAUAUGGAACUAGCCAUUGCUGCUUUGUAUGCACCUAUCUUAUUUUA